AUGGCUGGGGCAGUCAUCGUAAAUGGGAUAUGGUUACAAGGUGAUCUGCAAUGUUGUUUUGUCAAUGUGUAUGCGCCGAUGGGAAGCGCCGAGAAGGAGUCUUUGUGGGAUGCACUCCAAAUCCUUGCUCUUCCAAACAAAUACUCCUACCUAUGUAUACUAGGCGACUUCAAUGCGGUGUGCGAUCCGGGAGAAAGGGUGGGGAAAGGUGUUGUCUUCAACCAGGCAGAUGCAAGGAAUUUUGACGCUUUCAUUCGGCAAAGUAAUUUGUUGGAAAUCAGAACACAAGGGAGAAAAUUUACGUGGUAUCAACCUAGUGGUGGGUGCAAGAGCAAAUUGGAUAGAUUUUUAGUCAACGAGAGGUGGCCGCAGGAGUGGUCGGGCACAGUAGGAAGGGGGCUACAGAGAUCGGUGUCAGACCAUUUGUUCCUUAAUUCUUGGCUCUCCCACCCUGAUUUUAGUAAGCUGGUAAGGAAAACUUGGGAAGAGACUAAGAUUGAAGGCUGGAGUUGCUAUGUUUUCAAAGAGAAAUUGAAAUUGGUUAAGAAUGCCUUGAAAGAGUGGAACUUGAGGAUAUACGGCAACAUUGAGCACGGUUUGCGAGAGCUAAAGGAUGAGAGCGAGAUGAUCAGAAGGAAUGAAUUGCGAGCAAAGAUUAUCCUAAAAUCUAAGGAAAAAUGUAGUCUUCUCCAACAAAAGGCGAAAGUCAAAUGGGUCAAGGAGGGCGAUCUGAAUACUAGUUUUUACCACAAAGCAAUUGUCGGGAGAAGAAAAAAGAAUGAAAUUGCAGGGCUUGCUGAUGGGAUUAGCUGGAAUGAAGAUCCAAAGAUCAUGAAGGAGAAGGUCAAAACGUUUUUCGAGAAUCACUUCAAGAAGAGGCAGCACGUCCUACCUAUGCUACCGGGAGACUUCGUCGCUGGAAAAGUUUCUGCAGCAAGCAAUGCGGAGCUGAUCAAACCUUUUCGGAAUCAGAAAUUAAAGUUGCCAUUUGGAGCUGUGACGGCGACAAGAGUUCGAGACCAGAUGGCUUUAAUUUCAAGUUUUGGAAAGCGUCAUGGGAGAUAA